AUGUCUCUUUAUGUUGAUGAUCUUCUGUUAACAGGAAAUAAUUUAAAGUUGAUUGAAGAGUUUAAAGAAGAAAUGAUGCAAGUUUUUGAAAUGAUAGAUCUUGGUCUUAUGUCCUAUUUUCUUGGGAUGGAGAUCAAGCAAAGCAAAAGUGAAGUGUUCAUUUGCCAAAAGAAAUAUGCAAAGGAAAUUCUGAAGAAAUUUCAAAUGGAUUGCAGGCCGAUGAGCGAACCAAUGAAUCAAAAAGAGGAAUUUUGUAAAGAAGAUGGAGCCGAUAAAGUUGAUGAAGGGUAUUACAGAAGCUUGAUCGGAUGCUUAACGUAUCUCAUUGCGACAAGGCCGGAUAUUCUAUUUGUUGUAAGUCUCUUAUCCCGUUUUAUGCAUUAUGCAAGUGGGAUGCAUUUAAGAGCAGCAAAAAGAAUAUUAAGAUAUAUCAAAGGAACGGUUGACUAUGGUGUAAAGUUUGAGAAGUCUCAAGCUUCAAGUUGCUUGGUUUCUCGGAUAGUGAUUGGGCUGGAUCCAUUGAUGAUAUGA